GAUGCCUUCUCUGAUUCGAGGGAGCAUGGUUACAAAGGCCCUACGCGCCAUGUCCGCUUCCCUCGCUCCACCACGCACGGUGGAGGAUCCAUAGCGAAGAGCGACGACGGUGCGAGAUGCGUGGUAGCUGGACGGGAAUCGCUCCGGAUACUGCGCAUAUUAGACAUGUCCGGCUCAGGGAACCUACCGUCCAGUGACCACAAGUCCGUUACGGGAAGGGGUGGCCAUCGGAUUGAAGCUUCGCGCAACCUCUGGGAGGGGAGCGGCUUGAAGGUCGACAGCUCGAGCACCGACGUCGCAUGGUGCCAUGGAGCGUUCAAUAACAAGAUACUGACCAGCGCGCGGAAUGGCGAACUGAUCAUGUGGGACUUGAACAAGAAUGGCUCGUCGAAGUAUGAGCGGCGCGUCCGCGAUCAUGCACGGUCUAUCCAUGUCCUGCAGUAUUCUCCGAUCCUGCAAAGCUACUGCAUGACCGGGUCCGCCGACGGCGAUAUUCGGAUAUGGGAUGUCCGAGAUCUCACCAAGUCGAUUAUGCGAAUACACCAUCCCGCCGCUGUCCGAGCCGUAGCGUUUUCCCCCGUCUCCUCUCAAUCCCGUCACGUCGUCACAGCACUCGACAACGGCAGCAUGUACAGAUGGGAUCUCACUAUGGGCCAGCGCGGCCAGCUCGACCGUCUCCCCGUCGCCCACUCCGGGCCCGUUCUCUCGCUCGACUGGGUACCACCCUCGACUCUCUCGGCGCCAACUGCGUCUUCCACCCGUCAAGCGGGCGCGAGCAACUGGUACGGGGGCCCAGGGGCUGGUUUCUUCGAGGAUAUCCUCCCCUCCGUGCCCAUCGCCAGCGGGAACGCGCCCUCCCCGGACACGGACACGUCGAGCGGGCCGGGGUGGGUGGUCAGCGGGGGCAUGGACCGCACGGUCAAAGUCUGGGACUUGUCGCGCCCGCCACCGACGACGCGGUCCCACCAACCGUACUACCCGGCCUACACGCUUCAUACCUCGUUCCCCGUCCGCCGCGUGCUCUUCCGCCCGGGGUACGAGUGCGAGCUCGCAGUCGUGUCGAACGCCGACUUCGGCACCGGCACGGACUUUGGGCAUGGCGCUUUGGGGGGCGGGCCAUCAAGCGCGAGUGCGGGGAUGCCGAGUCCGCGUGUCCCGUCUGCGCUUCUUGGAGGGAUGGGGCUCGCGGGUGGGAGUGGCAGCAAGAGCGAUGGGACGACAACCCCGGAGGGGAGGGCCAAGUCACAGGGGCCGGGUGAGGGCAGCGGGAGCGACCCGGUGGAGAUAUGGGACGUGCGGAGGGGGUACGUCGCCAAGUGGGUCGUGAGCGGGUCGGCAAUCGAGAGCGGGGUAACGGACAUCGACUUCGCGGACUCGCACGCGCUGUGGGCGCUGCACCAGUCCGGGACGUUCUCCCAGCUCGACCUGCGGCAGUCCAAGCGGCCGCUCGACGCCAUCCCGCGCACCGCGGUGUCGUGGAACACCUCGGGCUCCAUCGCGUUCGUGACUGACCGCCCGAAGAGAUGGGAGGUUCCGUACGAUGAUGUCGAUCCGGAGAGCAAGGAUGAGAGGGUUCCGUUGAAGGCUCUAGGCGACCCACCGUACCGACCUAGCACUCAGAAUGUGGGUGCCUAUGCACCCGACGGCGCUGCAGAGGACUUGGACAUGAUCGAGAAGCUCGCGAGGGGAUAUAUCUAUGCUGACAAGAGCAAAGCGGAUAUUUGCAGCCACAACGCCGAGGUCGCUAUUGAUGCAGGGGCCCAUGAUGCGGCGCAAACGUGGCUGCUGCUCGCAUCCUUGCUUACAGAUAUCGUCACUCCGCCGACGCCCCCUCUUUCCCCAUUGCAGAGAGCAAGCCCACAGUUACCGCAUUCUGCAUCUGCUCCUGCUGCCAUCCCCACAGUAUCGUCCCUCACCCAGCCGCCACAGACCCCAUUAUCCGGACAUCCAGUACGGUCGGCUACGGCGGACGCGACAGGUCUCGCCCAGGCGAAGGAGAGAAGUCCCGGGUCACUAUCCAAAUAUGCUGACGACAGACAUCGACGCUCGACGUCCAGUCACAGAUCAGAUCGUGGUAUCACGCCCACAUCCUCCAACGCCUCCUCGCCGCGCAAACCGAGCACCGGCCUUCCGAGCGUGCCGGCAGCCGUGUUCGCGCGUCGGGGGUCCGGCGCGGGUCUCCCGCCUCCGCUCCGCCCGCGCCUCUCCUCGUCGGUCCGCCGUCCGUCGUUCUCCACGCAGAGCAUUCUGAGCGCGCAGAGCGAGAGCCCGAGCGACAGUAUGCGCAGCCACACGAGCUUGAGCCUGAGACACGUCGGCGAAGGCGCGCUGGACGACUCGGAUUCGGAUGACUCAGGCAGUGAACACGGGUGCGAUGGCCCCGAGCGUGACGAGGAUGAUUAUCAUGCCCAGCACCCUCGUGCGCCCUCGAGGGGCGCUACCUCGCCAUAUGCACACAGGGGCAAUAGCAGCACGACGACGGCGCACCCGUCGCCGCUGUCACGGCUCGCGCUGACAAGUCAGCAGGGCUUGACGGAGGACGAGAAGGACGAUGAGGACUCGCCUUCUCCGGGGUCUACGUCCGGAUCGGACGACGAUGGAGAAGGGUACGGGGGCGAGGACGAGAGUGACGACGCGCGGAUGGGUGAUGACGACGAUGAGGAACGGGGAGGGAAUGGGGGCGGCGCAGGAAGGAGAAUCGCGUCUCGUUUGUCUGGGGGACACCGGCGGCGACGCAGCUCGGCGACGCAGAGCAGAACGAGGAGCCGGAGCUCGACCGUUGCGUCGCUCGUUGCUCCAGCGCCCACGCUGUCGAGGAGACUGACGAAGCAGGAGAGCCAGAGUAGUAUACGCACGGUCAUCGCGGGAGAGACGACACCCGCGGGGACGUUGAGCCGGGCAGACGGCCUGGCGAUCCAGUCUGGAGGUCUGAGGAGGGACGACACGAUCAGGGAUAUAGCUGGGGCACGGGCGGCUUCGGUUCGGGGGUCGAUGCACCAGCGGGCCACGUCGGAAGCGAUGUCAAGUGACCUCGCCUUGAACGAGCGCGAGGUGGUGGGAAUGGAUGGGAGUAGGUCACGGAGUGUGGCGAUCAGCGUAGCUAGGACGCAGAGCGACCGAGCGAGAACUGCUGUGAGGGAGGCGGAGGAGCGGUUGAGGCGGCUUGCGUGGGCGACCAUGCGGGAGCGGUUUGAACAGUACUCUGAUGAGGGUGAUAUCAUCAUGUGUGCAAUGUUGUCGUUGGUCUUGCAGAAGGAGUUGAAGAUCGCAAAGACGAGGAGAGCUCGGUUCGUCGAGGCAUACAUCGAUAUCCUGAGUCGUUUGCGCCUGCACACGUGCGCGGCCUACAUCCGCAAGUUCGUCGAUGCUGAACAGAUCCGCGUCGUAACCGCUAUGGCGACAACGAUCUACAGCACUUGUGGUAAGUGCCGCAAACCGAUGAUUGCCCCUGCAGCUCCCAUGGUGCACGCGGGAAGACCAUCAGGCAGUUAUGCGUAUUGUAUGCAAUGCCGAACCAAUGUCACGAAGUGUACUAUAUGUCAUCUACCUGUUCGUUCCCUCAUGAUCCAAUGCCCUGUAUGUAUGCAUGGUGGCCAUCAGGACUGCUACCAGGAGUACUACCUCCGCCGACCGCCAGAUGAGAUCACCCCACCUCCACUCCCGCCGUCUAUGCGCAUGGGUAGGAGUCCGGAGACCGGCCAUUCUCGCGGUCGCGCGUUGUCCCGAACAAAUUCGACGUACACAGGAGACGGGGAGUCGGACGAUGGUGCGAGCGCUCAAGGGGAUGGCAAUGGGACUGCUGGAAGCUGGGAGAGUGGAAAAGAUGUGGUGGUGUCUUCGUCGAAUGCGGUGCUAGGCCGAACUUGUGCUGCUGGAUGUGGACACUAUUGCUGGGCUGUGAAUGAUAAGGGUUAUCCUACGUAAAACUUUGUGUAAUGUGCUCAACGUGCUUGUC